AGUUAGGUUGAUUAAAGAAGCAAAAGAUUUAGUUUGACCAGAGUCCAAAAGGAGACUGUAAGCAAAGUGUACAGUGGAACGGCGCAGCGCAGUGCAGGGAGGAUACUUAGGCAGGCCAGUCACGGAGAUGAUAAAGAUGCGACCUUGAAAUUCCAAAUUUUACAUCCUAACUCAUCAAAUGGACUACGAAAGGAUCGAAAAACCUCCGGGUGGUGGAUUUUCUCCUGGGAAACUCAGAACUAUGCUCCUUGGAGUCGAAAAGAAGAGAAAACAAGAAGAAGAUGAGUUUGAUUCUGCUUAUAACUUCAGAUCUCAACCUUCUCACCUUCAUCAUCAAACUGCUGGUAGUAGUUCUGAUACUUGCAAAGAUGUAGAUGUCGUUAGCGAACUCCCCGAUUGCUCCACUUCAACCACAGCUGACUCCAUGGGUGCACAGAUGCUUGCUGAUGCGAGAUCUAAGGAUCAGUCUUUUGCAAAUUCAAGGAUCAGGUCCCAGGAUGACUCAUCUUCAGAAUAUGAUAGUGGACAUGAUACUACGAGUGUGUCUUCAACAUCAUUUGAGUUUCAGAAGACAGAGCGUUCCACGCAAAGAGUGCCCCUUGCCCCAUUUUCAAAACCAGCACCUUCCAAAUGGGAUGAUGCCCAGAAAUGGAUAGCAAGCCCCACUGCAACCCGGCCAAAGAUUGGGCAGAAUCAGGUGCAGGGCGGACAAGGAAUUGCUUCACGAAAGAUGGGUAAUGCUGCUUAUAUGAGCAGGCAGUCCUCCACAAAGGUGGUUGUAGAAGUUCCAGAACAAAAGAUGGUUGCCCUUGAAGAACCAGAUACAAAAUGUGUCGAUAGCAAUCAAUCUAAGAAGGAAUCUGGGGUGCAGAAAUUUGUUAGCUGGGAGGCUGAGUCACACCCAAUUCCAGAUUCAUAUGCCAAGCCUGUGCUCAUGAUUGAGAAUUCUGUCGGGGAGUCUGCAAUUAGUCUUAGCCGGCAUGAUUCAUCUUUGGCAAUACAUAGUGCAACUGCAUUUAUUCCAGCUCCUUCAACAGCUAGGUCUGUAUCAAUGAGAGAUAUGGGUACAGAAAUGACCCCCAUUGCUAGCCAAGAGCCUUCUAGGAAUGGAACUCCAGUGCGGGCAACAACUCCAAUUCGUAGUCCAAAUUCUUCAAGGCCAUCAACUCCUGGCAGAGAUGCACCAGCUUCAUCUCCAAUUAAUCCUUCUAAUAACCAUCUCAAUCAAACCAAGGAGUUGACGGAAAAGGAACUGCAAAUGAAAACCAGGAAGGAAAUAAUUGCUUUAGGGACACAACUAGGUAAAAUGAACAUUGCUGCCUGGGCUAGCAAGGAGGAGGAGGAUAAGGACGCCUCCACGUCACUGAAAACUUUACCAGCAGAACAACCAACUAAAAGUGUGAUUGAUACACGUGCAGCAGCAUGGGAGGAUGCAGAGAAAGCCAAAUACAUGGCCAGGUUCAAACGUGAAGAAAUGAAAAUUCAAGCAUGGGAGAAUCAUCAGAAAGCAAAAACGGAAGCUGAGAUGAGGAAAAUUGAGGUAGAGGUUGAAAGGAUGAGGGGGCGAGCCCAAGAUAAGCUUAUGAAUAAACUAGCGGCAGCAAGACACAAGGCAGAAGAGAAGCGGUCAGCAGCGGAAGUAAAGAGAAGCCGGCAAGCUGCAAAAACCGAGCAGCAAGCAGAAUAUAUACGAAGAACCGGCCGCGUUCCUUCCUCAUUUUCCUUGUGUAGCUGGUGCUCUUGAAAUGUUGACAACUUGACACUGAGCAGGCUUGUCAACUUAGCAGAUUGUUUUGGUUCUAACCCUUCCACACGUCCAUCCUGAACCUAUCCCAUCUGUGUAAAAGCUUUUUCAAAUAUUAUUGGGGGUUGUAUACAUACAUGAUGAUUAUCUGUUUUUGUUUCUUAAAUGACAUCCAUUCUAAAUCUUCCAGGUUAA